AUUCAUUUGUUCUAUAUAGAUUAAAACGUGUGUCGUACCGGAAGUUUCUGUUUUCUAUUUAAAUUCGUUAUUAAGAAUGGAGGUGUCAGGCAAAUUGUUACCGGUGGAUAAAAGUGAGUCUACAACUGACCCUGCAAACUGCCAACCCUGUUCCAAGGACGGUAAACACGUUCCUGCAAUAUCAUAUUGCCAGGUCUGUGCGGAAUUCCUGUGUCCAAGCUGUGCGAAAACUCAUCGAAAUAUGUCAGCAACAGCUAGUCAUGCCCUUCGUGAGAAUGGAGACAUGCCUAACCCUGCCAGUGCUUUACUAGAAGGUGGUCUUACCGAACCCUGCAAAGAACAUCCAGGGGAAUUUAUAAAGUACCACUGCCCUGCUCAUAAAAAACUUUGUUGUGGUCAUUGCAUCGUUCAACAACAUCAAGGAUGCAAAAUGAACAUUAUCGCUGAGGUUUCUAGAGAUUUUCUGGAAGGGCGCGAUUAUAACACUCUAAAAGCAAACCUUUCUGACUUAAAAGAAGAACUUGGUCAAUGUUCGAGAGACAUUGAAGCUAUUCAGGAGUCAACCACAGAAGAUUGUUUAAAAGACCUUGAUCAACUGAGAGCUUACACAACUGAUAUCAAACAGCACCUGGACCAACGUGAACAAGAAUUGUCUGCACAGAUCUAUCAAAUUAAAGAAGAAAAACAGUCUACGCUGAAUUCACUAGCCACUAAUUGUCAAUCACUUCAAUCUAAAUGUCAAAAAACGACAACUCAACUCGAAACUCAGGAAUCAAAUUCCAACAAACUGUUCAUAGCAGCCAACAGAGCAUUAGAGCAAACACCUGGACUACAAAGGGAAGUUGAGGAACUAAAACACAAGAUGAAUAUUCCGCAGUAUAAACUCACUAAGGAUGCAAACACAGUCAAAUUCCUUCAGUCAAAUUCAGUCAUCGGAUCAUAUGUCAAAGCUGCUGAAGAUCAGAAGGAAAGGUUUUCAAAGUUGGAUUCCAAGAAUAUCAGAUUGAUUAGAAAACAUUUUUUCUCAAGUGACUUUAUAACUGAUGUCACCGACAUGACCCUUCUUCCAGACGAUAGGCUACUAUUUGUUGACAGAAAUAAUAAGAACGUAAAGCUUAUGCUAUUAAAACAAGAUGAUUGCUCAUCGGUGGAACUAAACAAUGACCCAUUCGGACUGUGUGUGUUGCCCGGAGACCGGGCUGCUGUUACACUGCCAAUCCCGGGGAAGAUUUGCUUGAUAAAAACGCUUGGUAAUCUCUCGAAGGAGGACUCUUUUGAGGCUGGAAAAGGAUGUCGGGGAAUUGCUUAUCAUGACGGAAAACUGAUAGUGUCGUUUCAAAAGAAAUUUAGUAGUCCUGCAAGAGUUGUUUUAAUGGAUUUAAAAGGAAACGUUUUGAAAAGUUCAGAAGACCAUUCGAACAGGCUUAGUGUGUUUCAACAACCAUUUAACCUAACAGCUAACAGCAAACAUUCACUUCUUUACAUUUCUGACUGUGGCACCAACAUGGUCACAGAAUUGAACAUUGACCUUGCUGUAGUGCAAACAUUUCCUCUUAAGACAAAACCAAGUGGUAUUACAUCCAUUGGAGACACAGAACUGCUCGUUUGCAGUCGUUCAACCAACGCAGUAUCUCACAUUGAUACAUCUACGGGACAGAUAACAGAAAUUUUGGAGGGAAAGGACGGAGCAGAUGGGCAGCGAGCAGUGCAGUUUUGUUUAGAGACACACUUGUUGUACAAAACCGAAUAUACUGACUCUAAAUGUUCAUUGGGUGUUUAUAAAGUAAGUUAAAAGUAUUCAAGGACGACAAGUGCGUGUUUGCUUUAUAAACUACUAUCCUACGUGUGUAAUAUACUAGUAUGCGUGUGUAUGUAUGGAUUUAGAAAAAUGUAUGUUUAACAAAACAUGACGACGAAGUACUUGACAGUGCAACCUUUUUAUAUGCAAAAUUGAAGUGAUAUAAAGUUGAUUUUUGUGAAAUAUUUCAAUAUUUUUGUCAGUAAGCAUGGGUUAUAAACUAACAAA